GGAGGCUGUACAUUUCAGAGGAUAUUAGUUCUACUACCAACUAUGACUACCUUUCAAACUGUCACGGUGACGAACGAGUAUAGAGACAUGGAUGCUGGAGCUAGGGCCCAUGAGUGGCUUAUGGAGAAGAGAGCCGAAACGUUACCCUCAUUGACCACCAAAACAAAGGACUCCUUACCAACAUUAACAACCGAGGCAAUGCCAACGAUUUCUGAUCCAAAUGCUUACACCACACCCGCCGUUAGUGUACCCCCCAAUAACAAUAACCCAUACAUUUUGAGAGAGACGAACCCCGCUGGAACUGUUUUCAUUGCUGUGGGGGCAAUCGUCGGUGCCAUUCUUUUACUUUUCAUUCUGUUCCAUCUUAUCAAGUCUUUCCGAGCAUCUCGUUUGGCAAAGAAAACUGCCAACAGUAUGGAUGGUGGUAAGUAUUAUGAAAAGUUUACAGAAAAUGGAUUGACUCCAGCCACUACAACGUUCAACAUGAACACUGAAUACCUGCCAUCUGUGGCCAAAUUACCGUUAUUAUCCAACCAUAAGGCUAACAGAUCAGUUACUGGCGGUGCACCAUCUUUACUCGGAGGAGAUUUUGGAGGCGGUUCUCAAGCAGGAGAUGCCUCUACUAUAUAUCAAUCCGAAGCCGGUACAACUACAUCUAAACAUGAUUUGACUAGAAUGUUUAUUUCUCCUACAGCCGAGGUUAUGACCCAUAAAAGAGUUAGAUCCAGUAAUUUCGGUGGUUCUGUCACCAACGUUUCACUUGUGGGAGGAUCUCAAGUCAACUUACAUAACCCAAGUCCUGCUACCAACCGGUAUUCUCAAGCUAUUCCAAGUUUAUAUAUGAACUCGGAACAGAAUGAUUCUGAUUACUCAGUGCCAGUAAGUAGUCCACAAAGAAGAGCAGAAGUUGGACGUGCUGGGAAGAAGAAGGUUCCAAGUAUGUACCUUGACGAUUUGAUUGACCAAUAAAUAGAGGAAAAGUAAAAUGAAGUCUAGAAGCCAAAAGGAAAACAAAUAAAGGAAAAUACAUCUCUAUGUCAUUAGAAAUACGGGAAAACAAAGAAAUGUACUUAGAUUUGAGUAAAAUAGAAGACCCCGCUAUUGGUGUUAUAUAUUGUCAUAAAAUUUAGAUAAGCAUAA